AUGUUGACAUCUCUUGUGACCUCGGCCGCCCACACCCGUCAACGUCCAACAGUGUCGGCAAACCUGUUGAGCAACUACGGUACUCUGGCUCCGACUCAGCCUCGCUGCUCAGAUAAGGCUUCGAGAGACCUUGGCAACGAUGCAAGGAUUGACGAGGUCGAGCACAUCCCCACAUCGCCCGUAGGCCGAGCACUGUUGACAGCAGGAAGCGCUCUAGGUCUGCUCAACAAUCCCUCUCGUGGAGACUUGCUGUCAAUGCUGACACAGGUAUCCUCGGGUCCGUCGCUUCCCCACCUGCUGGAAUCCAUGCGUUCGACCGAGUCAGGACGCAGACUGCUCAUAGAACGACCUUCUGUCAACUCGGAAACGGUCGAUGUUGAUUACCUGGCUAGUCUUGAGCGCGGCACAUUUGGCCGUGAAUGGAUCGAAUGGCUCAAAGAAAACGGUGUUGGUCCCGACGGCCGCGCUGAAGCAGAUUACAUGCCGACAUCGGAGCACAAGUACCUCAUCCAACGCUAUCGUGAAUCGCACGAUUUCUACCACUUGCUACUAUGCAUGCCAGUCACACAGCUCGGCGAGACCGUAGUCAAGUACUUUGAGAUGGCGCAGAUGAACAUGCCCGUCGCUGGAUUCGCAGCCGCAGGAGGAACUCUGCGAAUCCUCGCCUCGAACCUCCCAAAGCCAUCACAGCUGCUUUCCGCAGCUCUACAACAGCCUGUAGCAACAUCCGCGCCUUCACCGCAAGCUUCAUCCUCUGCCGAUGUUUCGACUCUACAGACGCUGAUACCUUGGGCCAUGCAAGUGGGGAGAACCUCGGUGCCGCUCAUCUCGAUCGAGUGGGAAAGGUGCUGGGAGAGAAACAUUGACGACAUGCGACGAGAGUUCGGUAUCACUCCACCUCCCAUUCACGUCGCCAAGUUCUCGGGCCGUGCCAAGAAGAGCGGAAAGAGGCGAGGAUGGCCGUCUAAGAUCCUGCAACAUCAAAAGGCCAAGCAGCAGCAGCAGCAGCAACAGCAACAGCAACAGCAACAGGAGGCAAGCUGCGAUGCCACGUCAACGUGA